AAAUGAAACCACAAUUUGUUCUCUUUCUUCAUCAUUUGUUGAGGACGGUCGUUCUUAGUGAAAACAUCCGGAAGUGACGCAUGGUGGCGUUUAAAAAAUAAAAGCGGAUAAUUGUUAUUGUUCGCUUGUUAGCUAGCUGAUGAAGUAGACAAACGGAGAUAUGACAGAGUAAUAACGACUUAUUACAUGUGCACUCAUAAGUUAUUACUAGCCUAACGUGGUAUGUACAAUUUUCUGCGGGACUAUAUAAGUGGCACAGCGAUCCGAUUGAUAACAAAAAGGAGGAUUUAAAUAAUCGGGAGUGAAGAAAGCGGAAGAUUGUUAUAUCUAAUUUGGAGCUACAUUUACUGUAUAUGCUAACAUUACAGGAAGCUAACACGGUGUGAAGCUAAUGUCGUCUCGUUAGCCCGCUAGUCACUUAGCUUCUCUCCACACAGUUUAAUUACAUCUGUUUAUAUGUCUGUGUUGAUCUUAAAGCUUUUAGUUCGGUUUACAGGCAGUGUCGUUGCACAUAAUACACGACCGCCCACGUUAUAUUGUUUAGCAACGAACUCAACCUUUAGUAAAUGAAGAUAAACACACGGUUGGUGUAUUUGGGGAAUCUGAUACAUUGAUUUUCUUUUAAAUAUUAAGAAUGAAAAAUAAAAUAAUAUAAAAUAUCGUUACAACCAACUUCUCAUUUAUUUUGUCCGGAGUAAAGAUGGAGGACGGGAAUAGGACUGAUGCCACCUCCACAUCCAGGGGUCACGCAGGUUCACUUCACCUGCAGACUCCUAAAAAUGAGGAUGCUUAUGAAAUUGCAAUACCUUAUGAGGAGAGCAAUUUUGAGCAGCAAGGAUUUUUCAGCCAGAGUGAUCAGAGUUUUGAUGAUUCACCAUCAUCAGCUGGUCCGCACUCAGUCAACAACUCAUACAUGGUCAUCACAAACCUGCGGACACAGCUACAAAUCUCUCUAGAGAAAAACUCAUGGCUUCAGAAAAGAAUUGAGGACCUGGAAGAGGAACGGGACUUUCUCCGCUGCCAGCUCGACCGCUUCAUCUUUUCCACAAAAAGCCAAGGACCGGAGCAAAACCAGAGCCAGUACAGUAAUGGGUAUGAGACCAGACGAUACAACUGGAGGGUGAGAAGAGACGACGACCGUCCAGCAGAGCAACACAAGAGUGACCCCUCCCACUUUCCCACACGUCCGUUUGUCCAGCGAAGGCCAGGUCCUCCUACACUGGUGCCUUCUAAAAACCAUGGCUCUGGUUCACUAACCAAUCAGCUCGCCUCUAUGAAUGCACUAUUCAGCUCUACACAGUCUCAAGCUCUCCUACAAAGUCAAGGCCAUGCUAAUCUGGCAGCAGCAACAACAGCCAGUGGCUGCAGUGGAAGCAAGAACAACACGUCGAGGUCAACCAUGAAUGUAUCGAGUGGACAAAGCAGUGUGGCUCAAGAUUCGAUUUCUCUCCUGGGGGAAUCCGAUGAGUACUUGGAUCAAGACGGCUACCUUGACGAGGAGGAGCUGAUAUCAGGGGAAGAUGUAAUACCAGAGACCAUCAGCAGCAGCAGGAGGAAUCAGAUAAAGAGAAGACGGGUUUUCCAUCCGCCAAGAGAGCGGCAGAGAGUUAAAGACGCAGCUGGAGUGUUGUUUCGCUACAAGAAAAUCCUGCUCACAUACCAGCGUUUGAAAAACAUGUCCAAGGCCUUUCAGAUCCACGGUGUGGACCGGAACACAGUGGCCUCCACUACGCCUAUAGCUGAGCUGCUCCUCGUGGCCCCAGAGAAGGUAGCAGAGGUGGGAGAGUUUGACCCCUCCAAAGAAAAGCUGCUGGACUACGCCAGACGCUGCUACGCUGCCUUGGAUGAAGAGACUCUCAGCAGAGUGCAGGCCUUGAAGAAGAACAACCUGCUGCUGCCCAUUUCCUACAGGUUCAGACACUGAACAGACGACAGAGUGAUGGGACGGGUCGUCACCGGCGGUGUCAGUGUGUAACACAGGACAGGAUGUGGCGUUCACAGGCACCGACAGGAAACGCCUGGUAUUUUACUGUUGGAUGUGUCCGUGUAGGAUACAACUCAAGUUUGACCUUUUUUAUACGUAGAACAUUUUCACUGCUCCCUGUGUGUACUGCGUGUACUGCGU